GUCAGCCUCCCGGAAGUACCUUCGGACUCCGGCUGUCGAGCGGUGUGUGUGUGUUGUGUGUGUGCGCUGCUCUUGGCAACAAAGACUCCCAGUCUCGAUUUCGGCGACACUAACCACCGAUUCCUCUCCGUAACCAAGGGGCAGAAACACAGGGACUAGGGAUGCCCUCUGCCUGGUGGUGCUGAUGCUGCACCUAGGAGGAAGAGGAGGAGGAGGAGGAGGAUGAUGAUGAUGAUGGUGGUGACAUGCGUCUAGUUCAGCCGUUCAUCGAUCACAGGACAUCUGAGGACUACAGAAAGUGACGCAAAGAUGCCGCGGCGAAAGCAAUCCAACCCCCAGCCGGUGAAAUUGGAGUCGGAGGAUGGCGGGGCGGUGGUGUGUGAGCCGGGAUGCCUCGUGCUGGAGAGCGACUUCCUGCUGAGCGGCGCCCUGGAGUUUGGAGACGCCGAAAUCAUGGGCCUGGACCGCGACACCGGACUGAGUGUGUUCUCUCUCAGCGUGGAGGAGGACCCUUCAGGGACCACAGACUCCACCUUCCCCUCCUUCCUCUACUGCAAGGGGUGUGGCCAACUGCUGGGCGACUCCCCCUUGGGGGCGGGGCUUGACUUGGGGCAGGGGCUUGACCUGGGGGCGGGGCUAUACUGCCUCACCUGCGAGGAGGGGCUGACAUCGGACCCGCGGCAGGACGUCUUUGGCGGCGGUGGGGGCGGAGCCAGCCACCUAGGAGCCAUCGCCGUCACCGUUGACCACGGCAACGGCGACCACGGCUUCCGCAAGAGGCGGCGGAACGGCGGCAAAACGGCGGCCCCCGACUCCGCCUCGGACUCCUCGCCGAAGGCCUACGCGUGCACCCUGUGCGCCUUCGUCUCGCGUUACUCCAACCACCUCAAGCGGCACAUGCGCACGCACGACGGCCAGAAGCCGUACCGCUGCGGCGUGUGUCCGUACGCGUCGGCGCAGCGCGUCAACCUCGAGCGCCACGCGCGCACGCACACCGGCGAGAAGCCGUACCGCUGCCCGCAGUGCAGCUACGCCUGCAGCUCCCUGGGCAACCUGCGGAGGCACCAGCGCAUGCACGCGGCGCAGGAGCGGCCGCAGCGCCGGGAGAAGGAGAAGAAGAAGGCGCGCCGGAAAAAGGGCGGAGUCGGCGAGGAUGAAGACGCUGUGGUGUCUGACCUCACCCUGCGGGUGACCCAGGCCUCGUCGGGGUACCUCCAGAGCCUGGGGGUGCUUGGCUCCCCGUCGGCCCCGCUCCCGGAGCUCCUGUUCCCCCUGUGCUGCCGCGUGUGCGGCCUGUCCCUGGACGAGGCCCACCCGCUGGAGGGGGGCAAGGGGGAGGCUGAGGGCGAGGGCGACGGCGGACAGGUGUGCCGCAGCUGUGCCCUGGAGCUCCUAGGCGGCGACUCCCCCGGGGGCCCCCCACCCUGUAGCCCCCAGCGGCCCCCAUCCCCCGGCGGCGGCGCCCUUAGCUCCAACAUUAGCUCCGGCGCCAGCUCACGCCGCGGCAGUGGCCGCCGCCCUUCCGGCAAGCUCCACCGCUGCCCGCACUGCCCCUUCCUGUCGCGCUACCCCAACCACCUGGCGCGCCACGCCCACACGCACUCGGGCGCCAAGCCCCACGCCUGCGCCCACUGCGCCUACAGCUCUGCCCACCUGGACAACCUCAAGCGCCACGCCCGCGUCCACUCCGGCGAGAAGCCGUACCGCUGCCCCGCCUGCAGCUACGCUUGCGGCAACCUCGCCAACCUCCGCCGCCACGAGCGCAUCCACUCGGGCGCCAAGCCGUUCGGCUGCGGCGUCUGCGGCUACGCCUGCAACCAGAGCAUGAACCUGAAGCGCCACAUGCUGCGGCACUCGGGGGAGAAGCCGUACGCAUGCGCACAGUGCGGCUACACCACGGGCCACUGGGACAACUACAAGAGGCACCAGCGCAAGCACGGCGUCGACACAGAGAGCUGGGAUAAGAGGGCGGUGGCCUUGGGGGCGGGGCUAGUGGGGGAGGGGGCGGGGCUAGAGGGGGAGGGCCCCGGUGAGGUGCAGGGGGAGGUGUAGAGCGGUUUGAUGUGAGGCAGUUUAUGGGGUUGUUGUGGUGUGCGUUUUUUUGGGAGGGGGGGCUUGGUUCAAACGUUUUUUUUUGGGGCAGGGGCUUUGUGGAAAUCGUCUGCUUUUUUUGGGGGGGGGGGGGGGGGGGGGGGCUCCUCCUUCCUAGGGCUUGGUAGAAAUCGUUUGAGUUUUUGGGGAGGGCCUUGGUUUGAAAUCGUUUGCGUUUUUUUGUUGUCUGCGGCUGUGUUGAUGCCUUGUUUCCUAGGUUACCUUGUUCUCCUCAACUGAAUCACUGAAUGGGCUGUUGGUCGUUACGCUUUCCCGCCGCUACCAGCCCCUCCGAACAAUCGAUUUAUUCCCCCGCCAGUCAGGAUUCACGACAACCUAAUGUAGCAUGUGUGUGUGUGUGGGCUAUACACUGGUCACGUCCUAGCCCAUGGGCAAGGGGGUUAAACUCAGGUGCCUUUGACGGCCAUAUACUAAGCGUGUGUGUGCUUAUGUGUGUGUUUCAAGAAACAAAAUGUUCAUAUUUUAUUUCGAUUAUUAUUAUUUUUUGGUCAUGGUGGCUUAACCAUCGUGUGUGUGUGUGUGUGUGUGUGUGUGUGUGUGUGUGUGUGUGUGUGUGUGUGUGUGUGUGUGUGUGUGUGUGUGUGUGUGUGUGUGUGUGUGUGUGUGUGUGUGUGUGUGUGUGUGUGUGUGUGGCCACUCCGCUGUUUUUACAGACUGCUGUUUUUUAGUUUCAUUUCGGUUUUAAGCUAAACGUCCGAAUGAAGUUACUCUGAAUCGAUGCCGUGUCUAUUUUUUCAACAGAUGAUCUAUAUUUUGUAAGGUGUGUUUUAUAAAUAGAUGGGGGGGGGGUGGCGGGGGAAUGAUUUCGAGAGACUGUGGUAUAAUUAUUUGCUUUAAUUAUUUGGGUGUUAUGAUUUAACUUUUUGUUUUUUGUUUCCUUUGAAGCGCAAUGGACUGGUAGAUGCACUUGGUUGACCUUUUGACCUGCAGUCUUUAUGAAGUGUCGGAAAUUCAGUCAAAUGUGUCGGGGGGGGUAAUGUGGUGAAUGUGUUUAGACGAAUUGCACAGUUAUUUUUAUUACUAUUUACGUAGUCGACCAUAUUCUUCUGCUGUAUCGUCUUCGGAGGGUAAAGUUUGUUCGACUUUUAGGAGAUGGUAGUCAAUCGAUGUAGAUGGCAAGGGUGAAAGAAAUUCCCAACUUGAAAUCUCUGAAUUCUGAAAUCUCAAAACUUGCUUUAAACCCAGCCGAAUCGGAAAGACUCUGUGCCUUAUGUACCAUACGAUGGAAAACUGGCGUCUUCACGCAGGAAUCCUAAAGAGACGGGUUUGAUUUUAAAACACGUUUUGGGAUCUUUGUCCACGUUUUCUAUGAAUUCGGCUUGAAGUCUCUCUCUCUCUUACUCGGGACUCUGUCAGUUCUGCUACCCCCUUCCCAGACCCUCUAACUGACAGGAUGUGUUCAUAAGACAUACGAAUCGAAGCUAACUCGCAUUAUAAAACACUGCCUUUUUAAAGUAAGGUCUUCAAAAAGCCUAAAGGUGACAAUACUACACCAUCAGGUGUGAGUGUUACAAGCCUCUUCUUACAUCAAAAGUGGGCGUGUCCACCUAGAUGUACGACAGAUAGAUCAGCGACGUUUGCUUCGUUCCUCUGGGUAGGCUGGUGGACUGAUAUAUCCAGUACACAUCUAGGUGGACACGCCCACUUGUGAUGUCAGAAGAGGCAGAUUUUCAAGAUGGCUUGUAACGGCUAAUCACACACACACACCUGGUAGUAUAACAUGUCAUCUUUAAGGUAAGGUCUUUAUGAAGCAUAAAAUUGCUCAAAACAACUUCAACUGAUGUCCGAAAUGAGGUAGGUUUUGGUUUUGGUCGCAGGAAGGCUAGUUUCCGCCAACGUACGUCCAGACUGUUCUAGAUUAAUGUUGGCCUGGUGAUUGGGAUUUGAACCGGUGCCUGCCCAGAAUUUUCACCAAGGCGAAAAAUACGGUUGAUCUCCCUUAAUUGUUUGUUUUAAUUUAAUUCUGUUUAUGAGCAAGCUGGAGUGCUGGGGUCUUCGUCAUUCUAAGGAUUCUGGUAAAAUGUGACUCAUAUUUUGUGACCUCUCAGUGCCUUUGUAGUUUUAAAUAAACAUUUGAUUGAAUUUA